GUGUCUGUAAAUCAAGGCACGUUGAGGACAAUUGUUCGUAAAUUAUCAGUAAAUUAAAAAAAAAAAUUUAUUUAUUAAUAAUUAUUAUUGUUCAUUCAUGUAUUAUGCUCACAAUGGAGGCUACAUUGUGACGCGGCCGGUUAAUGUAUACGGAAUUUGCUUACACAUCAAAGAAGCCAAAUAACCGUAAAAUGAGGAGAUGUGACACGUGCAGUGCCCAAACUGAACGAAGGGCCACAGCGGGCCGCGGUGGAGAGUCAGGCGACCGCGACCCACUGUUACGCUCCCCAACAAUAUCUCAAGAGGAGCCCUACGAUAACAGACCUUUCUCGUGCGGUAUUUGCGCCAUGUUCCCGUCUUGCAUGUCGCUGCUAUCGCGCCGUUCAGACUCCCAGCACCCUCGGCCCGGACAGGCGACCGUGGUCCUCAACGUUUACGAUAUGUAUUGGACGAAUUGGUACACUGCGGGCGCGGGUCUGGGUGUGUUCCACAGCGGUGUUCAAGUUCACGGAUCGGAAUGGGCGUACGGGGGUCAUCCGUACGCCUUCACCGGGGUCUUCGAGAUAUCGCCGCGAGACGAACGGGAACUAGGGGAGCAGUUUCGAUUCAGGCAGAGUGUACAUAUAGGAUAUACAGAUUUCAGCGAGGAGGAAGUAAGAAGAUUGGUCGCAGAACUAGGGAAGCAAUUCAGAGGUGACAGAUACCAUUUAAUGAACAAUAACUGCAAUCAUUUCACUUCAGCCUUUUGCAUGGCUUUGUGUUCACGCGACAUUCCGCCAUGGGUGAAUCGACUAGCGUACGUGAGCUCGUGCGUUCCAUUCCUGCAGAGGUGCCUACCGAAGGAGUGGCUGACGCCGGCGGCCCUACAGCAGUCAUUGGCGGCGCACUCGCCCUCCUCCUCUUCGCAGCACUCUCCCUAACAACGGGAUCUUCUGCUCCAGUGCAGAUGACCGUAUUGUGUUGUGCGAACUUAUUAAUAGAUCUAAAUAAAUAAUAGUAAAUCGGUUUGGCGCAUUGUCGAAUAAAAUUGACUUAUUUAAAAGAUACGAUUUUGAAAUCGUAUCCGAUAAAUCGUGUCGUGUAAAUUGACCCGUGAUUUCGGCCUAAUA